GGCUGUCAAAAAUGUCAUUUUUAGUAGUAUUUACUUGUCAUGAGGUAGUAAAAGUGUUUUCUUCGAUACAAUUAGAACAUUCCAUAUUUAACCAACAAUUUAAUCUAAUUUAUUUAAUAAUUUCGAUAUUUAGUUGUGUUUCAUUAAUCCACUUGAAAUGGGCGACGCUUCAAAUACUAAUACAACUGAAGGAACUGCUCCUAGGGGAUUAAAAUUUGAUGCUCUUUUAGUCCAUAUUACUAAUCACAAAAUAGAUUGUGCUUUAUGGGCAAUAAGAGUUUUAUCCAUUAUAUUUGGUCUAGGAUACUUUAUUCCAUUAUUUGGGUCAUCACAAAAUUCAUAUUACAAAGUAUUAAUAGCUAAUGCUGCGAUAAGCGCGCUAAGACUACAUCAAAGAAUAGGAAGAGUUCAAUUGAGCAGAGCUUUUUUGGGAGAACUUUUAGCAGAAGAUAGUUUUCAUUAUCUGUUUUAUUCCCUGAUAUUUUUAUAUGUGGCUCCAGUAAGCUUGGUUGUUUUACCAAUUAUAUUAUUCUCUAUACUCCAUUCAGCAAGUUAUUCUCUAACAUUAUUGGAUUGUUUGGGACAGAAUUCAUGGUGGGGAGCUCGUUUAUUAAUAUCUCUGGUCGAAUUUCAAUCACUAAACAUAUUAAGACUUGUUGCAUUUACAGAAAUUAUGUUAAUGCCUACCACAGUAUUACUAAUUUUAUUUGGGAAAGCAAGCCUUCUUACCCCUUUUAUCUAUUACCACUUUUUGACACAAAGAUACUGUUCAAGACGUAAUCCUUAUACAAGAAAUAUGUUUAGAGAAUUAAGGAUAUUCUUGGAACUAAAAGCAAACCAUCCCAGCAUGCCAGCAUUUUUAAGAUCAAUUAUGUUAAAUAUUGUUAAUUUUACAUGCCGUUUAGCACCACCUCAAAUAGCUCAGCCUCAACAAGCCCAGUAGUUGUUCAGAAGUUUAUAUACAAAAUAUUAAUUUAUUUGUUUUGUUUUUAAUUAAUUUACUUUUUGAUGGUUAUGAAAUAAGGAUUAGUAAAUGUGUGUUUGGUGUUUAGGUAAAUGUUUUUCUAAAAUUAUAUUAUACAAACUAUUUUGCCAUGUUAUUUUUUUAAGGCUUGGGUUUAUCUGUAUUGAAGAUUUAAAACUUACAUUUUUAUUUGUAAAAUCAAAAGUAACCAAAUUGAGACUGGACUAAAUAUUUAGGGUAACAAAGGAUUGUAUAAAAAUCCAGUACAUAAAAUUUGUUCCACAUUAUGUGUUUACUUAAUGUUUACCAAUACAUCACACUAAUGGUA